ACUGCAGUCACUGAUUUAAUUCAGCACUCUGGAUAGCUCCCUGCUCUUUCUGCCUUUAAUGUCCUUACAGGACAAAAGAGCUGGAGUUAAAAAAAAAUCCCCAUCUGCAGCAUCCAUUAGCAGAUUACACGGCCACGAUUUACCAAUGGCACUGCAUCCGUCGCUAGUAUUUUGUCUCUAUCCGCUUUCCUUUCUCCAGUAAGAGUGCAGGCGGUUCCAGCUGGGGAGGAGAGAGUUAAAUCAAUAAACACGUAAGCAUUCACUCCCCUAUGGGGAAGAUGCCUAUUUUGCACUUAGCUGCAACAACAGCUUGCAACAUCAGGCAUUCCAUUUGAACGAAUGUUGGGGUUUUUCCAUGGGUGAUUGCACCUGGUGAUUUGGAACGCCGAGGUUGACCUGGUAGAAUCUCCAGGGUGAAGAAGAAGCCUAGACUUGACUGUUAGAUUGCUCUGGAUCAAGCUUCUACAUCCAUUGCUGGAGCCCAGAGGCAGAGCUUCCUAUUGAUCCCAGUUCCAGCCUCCAGAGCUGGUAGUGUCUUCUUCUGCUGUUCCCCCUUUGCUUUAUUGGUGAACCUUGAUCUGAGAAGAUGCUGGACCCAUCUUCGAGCGAGGAGGAAUCAGAUGGACAAGUGGAAGAAGAAUGCAAAGAGGUACCGGCCCCGACUACUGGAGCUAGGUUGUCCCCUAGUAGGACCAGCGAGAGUUCAGGAGGUCUACAACCCAGCAGCAGGAGCAGCAGUGUGAGACCUUCCAGCCCAAGCCCAUCGGUGGUCAGCGAGAAGGAGAAGGAAGAGCUGGAGAAAUUGCAGAAGGAGGAAGAGGAGAGAAAGAGGAAGCUCCAGCUCUACGUAUUUGUGAUGAGGUGCAUUGCAUACCCCUUCAAUGCCAAGCAGCCCACCGACAUGGCGAGGAGGCAACAGAAGAUAAGCAAACAGCAAUUACAAACUGUGAAAGAUCGUUUUCAAGCUUUUUUCAAUGGAGAAACUCAAAUUGUAGCAGACGAGGCCUUUAUGAAUGCUGUUCAGAGCUAUUAUGAGGUCUUUCUGAAGAGUGAUCGAGUGGCCAGAAUGGUGCAAAGUGGAGGAUGUUCAGCCAACGAUUCUCGCGAAGUUUUCAAGAAGCACAUAGAGAAACGAGUUAGAAGUCUUCCUGAGAUUGAUGGUCUAAGCAAAGAGACUGUCUUGAGUUCCUGGAUGGCAAAGUUUGAUGCCAUUUAUCGAGGAGAAGAGGAUCCACGAAAACAGCAGGCCCGCAUGACCGCCAGUGCUGCCUCUGAGCUCAUUCUCAGCAAAGAACAGCUGUAUGAGAUGUUUCAGCAAAUCCUGGGAAUAAAAAAAUUUGAACACCAGCUUCUGUACAAUGCAUGCCAGUUGGAUAACCCUGAUGAACAAGCUGCUCAAAUAAGAAGAGAAUUAGAUGGUCGUCUUCAGAUGGCAGAUCAGAUUGCAAGGGAACGCAAAUUCCCCAAAUUUGUCUCCAAAGAAAUGGAAAACAUGUACAUCGAGGAGCUGAAGUCUUCUGUUAAUUUACUUAUGGCAAAUUUGGAGAGCAUGCCAGUGUCCAAAGGAGGAUCUGAAUUUAAGCUGCAAAAGCUGAAACGCAGCCAUAACACAUCCAUCAUAGACAUGGGAGAGGAGAAUGAGAAUCAGCUCUCCAAGUCUGACGUUGUCCUAUCUUUCAGCUUAGAGGUUGUUAUAAUGGAAGUCCAAGGCUUAAAAUCUCUUGCACCAAACCGUAUUGUAUAUUGUACGAUGGAGGUAGAAGGAGGCGAGAAACUUCAAACUGACCAGGCAGAAGCUUCCAAACCAACGUGGGGAACUCAAGGUGACUUCAACACAACACAUGCACUGCCUGCAGUCAAAGUGAAGCUUUUUACGGAGAGCACUGGGGUCUUGGCGUUGGAAGAUAAAGAACUAGGAAGGGUUGUCCUACAUCCUACACCAAACAGCCCUAAACAAUCAGAAUGGCAUAAAAUGACAGUUUCCAAAAACUGCCCUGAUCAUGAUUUGAAAAUCAAAUUAGCUGUUCGAAUGGAUAAACCUCAGAACAUGAAGCAUUGUGGGUAUUUAUGGGCUAUCGGUAAAAACGUGUGGAAAAGAUGGAAGAAGAGGUUCUUUGUUCUAGUCCAGGUUAGUCAAUACACAUUUGCUAUGUGCAGUUACAGAGAGAAGAAGGCUGAACCCCAGGAACUCUUGCAGCUUGAUGGAUACACAGUGGAUUACACCGACCCUCAACCAGGUUUGGAAGGCGGCAGAUCGUUUUUCAAUGCAGUUAAGGAAGGAGAUACCGUAAUAUUUGCAAGUGAUGAUGAACAAGAUAGAAUUCUGUGGGUUCAGGCAAUGUACAGAGCCACCGGUCAAUCUCACAAGCCUGUACCACCAACCCAAGUCCAAAAACUCAACGCAAAAGGUGGAAAUGUACCACAGCUUGAUGCACCAAUUUCCCAAUUUUAUGCUGAUAGAGCACAAAAACAUGGCAUGGAUGAAUUUAUCUCUUCCAACCCUUGCAAUUUUGACCACGCCACGCUUUUUGAGAUGGUGCAGCGCCUCACAUUGGACCACAGACUCAGCGACUCUUAUUCCUGUCUGGGUUGGUUUAGUCCUGGCCAGGUGUUUGUCUUGGAUGAAUACUGUGCACGAUAUGGCGUUCGGGGCUGCCAUCGACAUUUGUGUUAUCUUAGUGAUUUACUGGAACGUGCAGAGAAUGGAGCAAUGGUCGAUCCCACUUUACUGCACUAUAGUUUUGCUUUCUGUGCAUCUCAUGUACAUGGGAACAGCCCACAAAUUUCAGAAUUAUUUGGUGGGUCACAGCAUAAUGCAGAAGGUGAGGGGAGCAAAGUACCUAGUCCCUCUGCUAUUGAACCAGAGACUAAACGAGAUUCUAAAAGGGAUUCUAAAAAGAGGAAAGAUUCAAAAUCUCAGCCGAACCCAGAACCUAAAAGGCCUGAUGGCAUCGGAACAGUAAGGGUGGAAGAAAAAGAACGUUUCGAAGAAAUUAAAGAAAGGCUGCGUUUGCUUCUGGAGAAUCAGAUCACACAUUUUAGGUACUGUUUUCCUUUUGGACGACCUGAGGGGGCUUUAAAAGCUACUCUGUCUUUGCUGGAGAGGGUUUUAAUGAAAGACAUAGUUACACCUGUCCCUCAAGAGGAAGUCAAAAAUGUUAUUCGGAAAUGCCUAGAGCAAGCAGCAUUAGUGAACUACACCAGGCUAUCAGAAUAUGCUAAAAUUGAAGAGAAUCAAAAGGAUGCAGUACAUCGGCCUAAGCCAAAAUCACCACCUGUGCCUCCACCCAAUCAAGCGCAGGCUAACAUGUUAAAUCAGAGGCUCAAAGGCAUGCCUAGGCAAAUACCAAAAAAUGUAGGGCGAUUAGUAACUCCAGCCAAAAAGCUAGAAGAUACAAUACGUCUUGCGGAACUUGUAAUAGAAGUUCUCCAGCAGAAUGAGGAACAUCAUGCAGAGGCAUUCGCUUGGUGGUCGGACUUGAUGGUGGAGCAUGCAGAGACAUUCCUCUCUCUUUUCGCGGUGGACAUGGAUGCAGCUUUAGAAGUCCAACCUCCAGAUACAUGGGACAGCUUUCCAUUGUUUCAACUAAUCAAUGAUUUCCUACGCAGUGACUAUAAUUUAUGCAAUGGAAAAUUCCACAAACACCUCCAAGACCUGUUUGCUCCACUUGUUGUCAGAUAUGUUGACCUCAUGGAGUCUUCAAUUGCACAAUCAAUUCACAGGGGCUUUGAGCGUGAAUCAUGGGAGCCAGUAAAGAGUUUAACAAGUAAUCUGCCCAAUGUGAAUCUACCAAAUGUGAAUCUCCCUAAAGUACCAGUUACCCUACCAGUUAACCUCCCACAAAUGCCUAGUUUUUCUGCACCGUCAUGGAUGGCUGCUAUAUAUGAUUCUGAUAAUGGAUCAGCCACUUCGGAAGAUUUAUUUUGGAAACUCGAUGCCCUACAAACAUUUAUUCGGGACCUUCAUUGGCCCGAAGAAGAAUUUGGGAAGCACCUUGAGCAACGCCUUAAACUUAUGGCAAGUGACAUGAUCGAGUCUUGUGUCAAAAGAACUAGAAUUGCCUUUGAAGCAAAGUUACAGAAAACCAGCCGAUCAACGGAUUUUAGAGUACCACAAUCAAUAUGCACCAUGUUUAAUGUCAUGGUAGAUGCUAAAGCACAAUCAACUAAACUGUGCAGUAUGGAAAUGGGCCAAGAGUUUGCUAAACAGUGGCACCAAUACCAUUCUAAAAUUGAUGAGCUAAUUGAAGAAACAGUUAAAGAAAUGAUAACGCUUUUAGUGGCAAAGUUUGUGACUAUUCUAGAAGGUGUUCUGUCCAAACUCUCCAGAUACGAUGAAGGAACAUUAUUUUCCUCAUUUCUGUCAUUUACUGUGAAGGCAGCGUCCAAGUAUGUGGAUGUCCCCAAGCCUGGAAUGGACCUUGCCGAUGCCUAUGUGACAUUUGUACGCCACUCACAGGAUGUCCUCCGUGAUAAGGUCAAUGAGGAGAUAUAUAUAGAAAGGUUAUUUGAUCAAUGGUAUACGAGUUCAAUGAAUGUUCUUUGUACCUGGCUGACGGAUCGCAUGGACAUUCAGCUUCAUAUUUACCAGCUAAAAACACUUAUUAGGAUUGUCAAGAAAAAAUACAGAGAUUUCCGAUUGCAAGGCGUACUGGACUCCACUUUAAACAGCAAGACAUAUGACGCAAUCAAAACCAGGCUAGGUGUAGAGGAGAGUGUAGCUUCGAUCAGCGAAGGAGGUGGCUUGCAAGGAAUUACCAUGAAAGACAGCGAUGAGGAAAAUGAAGAUAACAAUUAAUUUAUUUUGGUUUUAGAGGCCCUUUUGGAUGUAGCCUGGUACCCAGUGCAUGUCUGUUAUGUUAAACCAUACUAGGGACUUUUCCGUCAGCUCCAAAUGCCCAUAAGAACUGUACCAAUAGAAAUCUCAUUCUAGCUGUGUGAUAAUUAACAAAUACACACCUACAUUUGGUUCAUGGGAUUCCCAAAUUUCAAAUCUAUAUAUGUUCAUAAGCAAUAUAGAGCACCAUUGUUUAAAUACUGUUAAUUGAAUUAUAAUGAAAACAUGCUAGGUGUCUCCCUGUCCUCGGCAAAAAGUAAACAAUGCUUCAUCAGUACUGUAAUGUAUAUACGUUGAUGGUAAAUUGUUGUGAAAAUUAAGUGACCUCUAGUAAUUUCAUUUAUGUUGCAUCAGUAGCAGCUUAUCAAAUGAAUUAAUAAAAAAAAAACUUUCUUUUUUAAGAGACAAGUAAGGCUACACCCAAUGAGGUUCAUCAUUAACAAAACUAAGAGAGACAACAACAGAAACAACCGAUUUCUUUCCAUUCUGAAUUCUUGUUUAUACAACCAUCAUAAUAUAUUUUCAAUAUUCCGUUAGAUGAGUAGAGGUUACAUGUCCGUGGAAUAGUAUUCUGAAACCACACAAGUUUACCUUUGCCAUAAUAGAAUACAUCUAAACAGGACCACCCUCCAAGCCAGCUUUAUGUUAAAGUCUUCUUUAUCAAUGUUAUGUUCUGUUUAGGUUUUAAUAAAAGUGUAUGUAAAGAAAAAAUUAAAUAAAAAGAAAGACAACUUUAAUAACAAACUUAGACUAUAAACUGUGUUUAUAAUAUUAUACAGUACUUAUUUCCGUAGAAUGUAGCCUUGAUUUACAUUGCUUUACGUUAAACAAUUCUUUUUAUAUUUGCCAUGUACAUUGCAUUUUAUCCAGUAAUUGCAUGUCACCAGGGUCCCUCAAGAAGCUUUUUUUUCUCUGUGUAAAAUAGUGGAUCCAUCUUGCUUUUGCCUUACAAAAGCCUACAGUUGUAAAAGUGUGAACACUGUGGCUUCUCAAUAAAUAACUAUUCAGAUGUCUUACAAAUCAA